CAAUCAGAGAGCCCACCCACUCUGCCCAUUCUCUCCUCUUCCUCUUCCAGAGCUGGUUCACUUCCUACAGGGACUGAAAACCAAGUGAGGAGAUGAAGGAUUGCACCGUACUACACUAGAGAAUACAGAGGAUAGACACUGCAGAUAGAUGCUAACCAUCACCCAAGGAACAGCUGUGGAAAGACAUCUCGUCCCUUCACAGCAUUGCUCAACACAGAGAAGGUUGGGCAGUGAAACCAUCAUCUGGAAAUUGGUCGGCUCAGGGGAGCUUUGACAUAUCAUCAGAUCCAAAACUCGUCGGUGGUGUAGAGCCUUCCAUCGGAACUAACCUUUCUGAAGGUUCAGCUGUGGGUGAUCAGUCAGGGUGAGGCUGGAAAGAAAUGUGAGGUGGCUCCAAGUGGGGUGAGAGCUUCAAUCGUUCAUUGAGCCUCAUGAACCACUGACUCAACCCUAUAGGUGAGAGGUAGUUCAAGGUGCGAGGUUGUGAGGAGGGCUGCAUACAUUCAAUUUCCCUGACACACAAACUGCAUUUGUUGAACAGUAACAUGGAAGAGAAACUAUUCAAGUGUGGGGCAGGUGACCAAGACUCUUCAAAAUCAUCUACUCUCAUGAAACACAAAUGCAUCCACACUGUGGAGAAACCAUUCACAUGUGAGGUGUGUGAGAAAUCAUUCUCACGGUCAUCGCAUCUCCAUGCACACCAAUACACUCACACAGGGGAGAAACCAUUCAAAUGUGAAGUUUGUCAUAAAUCUUUUGCCAUAUCUACAACCCUCCUGACACACCAACGUAUUCACACAGGUGACAAACCCUUCAGGUGUGAUGUUUGUCAGAUGGCUUUCUGUCACUCGUCUGAUCUCUUGAUACAUCAGAGGAUUCACACAGGUGAGAAACCUUUCCGGUGUGAGGUGUGUGACCAAACCUUCACUCACUCAUCAACGCUUGUGAAUCACCGACGCAUUCAUACUGGUGAGAAGCCGUUCACAUGCGAAGUGUGUGAUAAAUCAUUCUCGGUCUCAUCACAUCUUCGCCGACACCAACGCCUACACACUGGGGAGAAACCAUUCACGUGCACAAUGUGCAACAAAUCAUUCUCACAGUCUUCACAUCUUCGACUUCAUCAACGCAGCCACACCGGGGAAAAGCCAUUUCAAUGUGAAGUGUGCAAAAAAUCAUUUUCAAACUCGACCCACCUCCGUGUGCACCAACGCGUUCACACUGGUGAGAAACCGUUCACGUGUGAAGUGUGUGACAAAUCAUUUGCACGACCGUCACACCUCCUCGACCAUCAACGCAGUCACACAGGGGAGAAACCAUUCACGUGUGGGUUGUGUGACAAAUCCUUUUCAAGGUCAUCAACCCUCCUCGAUCACCAACGCAUUCACACUGGGGAAAAACCUUUCACGUGCAGCGUGUGUGAUAAAUCAUUCUCAGACUCAUCGAAUCUCCGAGUACACCGGCGCAUUCACAUGGGGGCAAAAAUAUUCACGUGCUAGGUAUGCUACACAUCAUUCUUGCUCUUAACCAUUUCCACCAGCAUUACCAAAUUCACAGGAAAGAAUAUGGUCAGAUGUUAGAAAAACCUUCACAUAUUUAAGAAGCCUCCCACACCAUUAGAUAAUCCAAAAGGAAGAGACCCAUAAAGUGUAAGGUUUGUGCUGAAGCUUUUAUAAAACCGAGAAAUCUCCUCAUAAAACAGAAGAAUCCUUUCAGGCAUCUGACCAAACCUUCACACAGCCAUUGAACCUCUGCUAGGUGUAAAGUGUGAGAGAUUGUACUCAAGGUCAUUGUAACUCUUGCCCCAUCAGUGGAAUCCAAAUGGGGUGUAACCCUUUAAGUAUGAUGUUUGUGACAGAACUUCAACCAAACCUCCAAUCUCCUGGAGCGUUUUGGAGCUGCACUGGUGAGAAACCAUUCAGGUCUGAAUUAUGUGACAAGGCUUUUCGGUCUACCAAUGCACUCACAUAUAUACAGAAUCCCUUUUGGACUUCACACGGUUGUCGGACAUCCUGGAACAUUGAUUAAUGUACACAGUAGAUCAUCCCUUCCAGUAUGGUGUGUACCAGGAUUGUUUCACCACCCUCAACAUUCACUGAUAUCUCCACAUGGACUUGAAACUUGAUCGUCUGCUUCCACUGCACUGAGAACUUGUCUAUGUUGCUUACUCUUCAGUGCUCACACACAGAGGAACUGACAUUCCAAAGCCCUGUCUGUCUCCCAUCAUCAGUUGACUCAUUCCAAAAAUGUCAAGUUAACCGUAGACCAGAUCACCAAAUGAAGACAUCAAUAUGUAUAGAAACUCCUGCUCAUGCACAAAUAUCACUGAGUCUCUGGGAGGGUCUCCUCAACCACAGGAAGUAGGUGAUUCAGGAGAAAUGUGUGUCUGGAUUAUCCAUGCUGUGGAUAAGAGGAAAAUGCCUCCAUAGUUUCUGCAGUGUCAUUUAUAUCACUUCUUAAAUGUAGUUACAAUUGCCACAUUCCUGAGGUCGCGGGAAGUUCUUUUUCCUCUCAAAUCCAUACGAUGAGUUCACAGUAUCUUAAACUAUGCAAAAGCUUUGAAAGAUUCACUUGGAAUUCCAGCAUGGCCACAGACUGUGGUAUUUCUCAUCUGGUUCAUUGCUUGUUGCAACUCUCCCAUAGAUGGUAACUCAUAGAAAUGUAGAAGAUAGGAGUAGGAGGAGGCCAUUCCGCCCUUCAAGUCUGCUCCACCAUUCAUUACGAUCAUGGCAGAUUGUCCAAAUCAAUAGCCUAAUCCUGUUUUCUCCUCAUAACUUUGAUCCCAUUCGCCCCAAGUGCUAUAUCUAGCCGCUUGUUAAAUACAUGCAAUGUUUUAGCAUCCACUUCUUCCUGUGAUAGUGCAGCCUCACAGCACCAGGGACCCAGGUUCGAUUCCAGCCUUGGGUAACUGUCUGUGCGGAGUUUGCACAUUCUCCCCGUGUCUGCGUGGGUUUUCUCCAGGUGCUCCGGUUUCCUCCCACAGUCCAAAGAUGUGCAGGCUAGGUGGAUUGGCCAUGCUAAAUUGCCUGUAGAGUUCAGGGGU